AUGGAUUCUCUGAAUCUCAUUCUUCUUUUCUGUCUCCUUCGUCUUUCAAUCCUGUCUACAAGAGGUUCGGCUUCUAGUUCAACUCAAAUCAAUCCUUUUAAUUGCUCUUCCAAAACCCCGUCAUCAUGUAAUGCUCUUCUCUACCAGCACAACGGAUUUGAGAAAGACGAGAUUGCAUCCUUGUAUUCUGCUACUAUAUCAGAAAUCAAGCAAAUAUCUUAUGCUGGCAGACAAGACUACCUCAUACCAGUCAACUGUUCUUGCAAGAAUGUUGGUGGCACUGUUGGAUACUUCUACAAUACAAUAUACAGAAUAAAACCAAAUGAUUCUUUCUAUGACAUUUCAAAUCAGAUAUUCAGUGGGCAAGUCUGGCAGGUUGCGGCCGAAGAUACAAACUUGACUGCUGGAGUAGACCUAAAAAUACAUCUUUUAUGUGGUUGUAUAGAAAAUGACUCUCAAGUUGUGGUAACAUAUACGGUUCAGGCACAUGAUACUGUAUCGAGAAUUGCAACUCUACUUUCUGCUCAAAGUGACGAGAUAGAGAAGUUGAACCCGUAUUUGGCUCCGAAUCCAUCGUAUAUAGAUAUUGGAUGGCUGUUAUACGUGCCAAUGGAAAAGAAUGGAAUUCCUCCACCAAAGAAAGCGUCAAACAAGGGACAGGGAUGGACAAUAAUAAUCGGCGUAUUAGCUACAGUGACCCUGCUUACCAUGUUCACUUUGGCCAUAAUACUUAUCAGGAGAAAAAGAUGUCAACAAUACAUCGAAGAAGAUCCAAAAGCUAUAUCAAAGACCUUAAGCACUAACAAGACUCAUUCUUAUCAGAAACAGUACACUAACAAAGAAAAGAUGGAAGAUAUCCGAGUUUUUGAAUCAGAAAGAGCAACAGUGUACAGUGUUGAGGAGAUUGCAGAGGCUACAAGUAAUUUUGACGAAACACGAAAAAUCGGACAGGGGGGGUAUGGAAGUGUAUAUUUUGGGGUACUAAGAGAGAAGGAUGUUGCCAUCAAGAAGAUGAGAUCCAAUAAGUCCAAGGAGUUUAUGGCUGAACUCAAAGUGUUGUGCAAGAUACAUCACAUCAACGUGGUGGAGCUGUUGGGUUACGCCAGUGGAGACGAUGACCUCUACCUGGUUUAUGAGUAUAUCCCGAAUGGUUCUCUCAGUGAUCAUCUCCAUGAUCCAGUAGUGAAAGGUCACCAGCCUCUGUCUUGGAAUGCAAGAACACAGAUUGCUCUUGAUGCUGCAAGGGGUAUUGAAUAUAUCCAUGACCACACAAAAUCUCAAUACGUGCAUCGUGAUAUAAAAACGAGUAACAUCCUGCUUAACGAAGGCCUCAGAGCAAAGGUUGCAGAUUUUGGUUUGGCAAAGCUUGUUGAUAGAACCGAUGGAGAUGAGUUGAUAGCAACAAGAUUGGUGGGAACUCCGGGAUAUCUUCCUCCUGAAUCUUUGAAAGAGCUGCAGGUUACUACUAAAGCUGAUGUUUUCGCAUUUGGAGUAGUUCUUGCAGAGCUUAUAACCGGCCAACGAGCACUCAUUCACAUCAACCAGGAACCAACUAAGAUGAAAUCACUCAUCACAGUUGUAAACAAAAUAUUCGAUGAAGAAGAUCCGGUAUCUGCUCUUGAAUCCAUUAUCGAUAGAAAUCUCAAAGGCAGCUAUCCUCCACGAGAUGUAUACAGGAUGGCAGAUAUCGCACACUGGUGCUUAAGUGAAGAGGCAAUCGACAGGCCAGAAAUACGCGAGGUAGUAGUGGUACUAACACGAAUAAGAUUGUCAUCAACAGAGUGGGAAGCAUCACUCGGAGGAAGCAGCCAAGUUUUCAGCGGAUUAUUUGAUCCGCGGUGA